AAUUCAUCAAAUGCUUCAUGAGUGAGUUUUUUCAUUCCCUGCUAAUUAUUGUUGGAGUGCCUGCAACAUUAAGGCCAUGGCUGAAUAGUUAUUCCAGUUUUGGAAACACAAGGAACACCUUACCCAGUUAAGUGGCUUUCUUACCAAUGGAUGCAAUAUUGUUUCAGAAUUGAGAUAAAAUUUCACAUUUCACCUACCUUCAUUUGAAGAAAUAAAGGUAAACCAUUUACCAUAUAGGUGAGGUCUAGAGUGGAUAAAAGUGAAGAAGAGUGGAAAGCUUGCUAAGCUUUUGGAUAAAUGUAUUUUGUCAGAGCUAAUGAAACACACGUGUGUGACUACAUUGUCUUUACCAGAAAGUUUUAAAAUUAAGUCUUCAAGUGUUCUCUUCUUGCCACUCUGUCUUUGUGGGUUGAACAGUGCACUGUGGAUGAAUUUGUUUGUUUUUAAUUUUUGUAGGUGAGGAUGCAGAUGAAGAAACAGAUCUUUCUCAAAACCCUUAUGCUGCUGCACCAAAUGAAGAUCUGUAUAUUGAUGAUCCUAAGAAGACCUUACGUGGAUGGUUUGAAAGAGAAGGAUAUGACUUGGAGUACAAUGUGGAAGAGAAAGGGUUUGGGCAGUUCCUGUGCACAGUGGAGCUUCCAAUUGGGAACGGAAUGAUUGCUGAGGCUCUUGUGAAGGGUAAAAAGAAAGAGGUUGUGGUGCAGUGUGCUCUCGAAGCUUGUCGUGUUUUGGAUCCCUUCGGAAUGUUACGCCAAGCUACUCACGCCUAAGGCUGCUUCAGAAUAUGUCUAGAGUCAUCAAGUGUGAGAGUUCCUGUCAGUAAAGUUCUACAAGUUGUACAUCCAUGCAAAUGCUGAGAACAUUUUCUGAGUCCAUGAGGAGCUUGAAGACACCCAAAACAUUUGGUAGUUCAUGCUGCUAAACUACCAUACUGUGAUGGCAGGCAUUGAAGGUGGUGCCGGGUGCCUCAGCUUGGGGCCAAGAAUCAUUCCACAGGCUGUUGAAAAUAAAUGAGAGCAGAAAACGAAAAGCUAAGAAUUGGGAGGAAGACGAUUUCUAGGACAGUGAUGAAGACACUUUCUUAGACAGAACAGGAGCCGUUGGAAAGAAAAGGCAACAGAGGAUGCAGGCAGCCGGUAAAGUGCAACAAGAAGCGGAGACUUAUGAUCCAUUGCUCAAGAAGUACAAUGAAGUUCAGCAACAGAUAAAAGAAAUGGAAAAAAAGUACAUCAUAGCAGCGCAGAAACUUUCUCAUAAUAGUGGUGAUUCCGUGGAUAAUGAUGAUGAUGAUGAUGAUGAUAAUGAAGAUGCUCUGGAUGCAUACAUGACACAGUUGUCAUCUGGUAUUGUUGAUAAAAAAGCUGUGUCCAAUUUGAAAAUUCAAUUACAGUCACUCAGGAGUGAGGGUGAUCACUUGCGGAAAUUGGUGAAUAUUGCAAAGCCGGCCAGCUUGCCCGAACUUGUCCCUAGUGAAGAGCUAUCAAAACUGCAGACUAGCAACAGAGUUGCAUUAGUUGCCGCAGUCAAAAGAAAAGUAAAGGACGUACAGAUGAGCAAGAUGUCCCAUAAAAUAAUACCAGAUGUUGAUUCAAAGUUGGAAGGUGUAGAAGAACAGGAAGAGGAAGAGGAUGAAGAGGAAGAGCAAGAACAGAAAGAAGCAGACAAAGAAGAACAAAAUAAUCGAAAGAGAAAUCAAGAUACAGGUGGAAAUCGUGGCCAAAGAACAGUAAAACAAUCUGAACAGGAAGCUGUGUCAUUAAAUAGUCGUGGGGAGAAAAGAGAACAGCUUCACACAGAAAAGAAACCAUGUACUCUAGAUGACAGCAGUGUUAUUGGGAAAAUGGCACAGAAAAUGGACUAUGAUUACGAUGAAUCCAACCCAGAUUAUUCAGUUUGGGUUCCCCCAGAAGGCCAGACAGGUGAUGGUCGUACAAAGCUCAAUGAAAAGUAUGGGUACUAGAUUGAUUCCUGCCAUGAGUGAAAAGUUAUCAAAACGUGCACAGUUUUCCUCCCAAUGUAUAUGCACUUCAAAGUACGCUGUGAUAGUGCAUGUGUUACCUGUUGACAUACCUUGUUUGUGAUUCUGGAGCAGUUAUUUUCCCUUUCACAGAUAGAUAAUAAUUUGACAGUCUUCCUUUACUUGUAAUGAAGAAAUAAAUAAAGCAAGGGAAAGGUAAACAGCACUUCUGAGUGAGAUGAAUUUAUUAUUUGUAACUACAGUGAUGCUAAAUUGGUACCGACAUUUAUGAAAUGACAGACUUCACAUUGACUUUGUUUCAUUGGAAUUAUAAACAUUGGGGUAAUUAUCAUGCAUGAAAAUUUUUGUUGCUUUUCUUUAUUUGUAAGAGUAUGCAUAACUGAGAUUAAUAAACAGAUAAGUGGUUAAAGAGGAUAAA